GUUUUGACAUUCGCUGGUAUGAAAUUUCUAACCAUUAUUUGGAGUCAAUUAUCAAUAUUUAUAUAAAUUUAAUAAUAAUUUGGAUAACACAGUGCUUGUUUUCAAAUAUGUGAUUACUAAGUAAUCAAUGGCGACUGCAGAUCUAUCAGAUCAUGAAAAUCAAUAUAAUGUUAGAGAGAUUGACUAUGAAGAAAUUGAACAGCUAGAGAUUGUAGGGGAAGGCAGUUUUGGCGUAGUAUAUAAAGGAAUAUGGAAUAACACAUAUGUGGCUGUGAAAAACAUUACUAGAGAAGAAGAAAAAAAGGCAUUUUUAGUAGAAGUAAGGCAGUUAUCUAGAGUUUAUCAUGAAAACAUAGUGAGAUUAUAUGGAGCUUGUACCAAAGGCAUGCACUUUUGUCUAGUAAUGGAAUAUGCUGAAGGUGGAUCAUUAUUUAAUGUUCUACAUAGAUCAGAUCUGUGUUACACUUUUGCUCAUGCCAUAUCCUGGGCAUACCAGUGCUCAAAGGGUGUAGAAUAUUUACAUGCCAUGCAACCAAAGCCAUUAAUACAUAGAGACUUAAAACCCCCAAACUUGCUUUUAAUAAAUGGGGGUGUAAACUUAAAAAUUUGUGAUUUUGGUACAGCUGCUGAUAAAAAUACCUAUAUGACUAAUAACAAGGGAUCGGCAGCUUGGAUGGCUCCAGAGGUAUUUACAUCUUCAAACUACACUGAAAAAUGUGAUGUAUUCAGCUGGGGCAUCAUACUCUGGGAGGUUCUUUCCCGCAAGAAACCAUUUUACAACCAAGGUGGAUCUGCCUUUAGUAUAAUGUGGGCUGUACAUAAAGGAAAAAGGCCACCGCUAUUGCGGAACUGCCCACCACCAGUUGAAGAUUUGAUAACUUCUUGUUGGGACCAGGAUCCCUCAAAAAGGCCGAGCAUGGAAGAGAUUGUGAAAAAAAUGACUUCACUAUGCUUUCUUCUCCCUGGUGCCGACACCCCCAUUCAGCGCUCGAGCUACAAUUGUGAUGAAGAUGUUCCGAUCGAAGAAGAAUCUGAGAUCAGUGAGGAAUAUACAGAUACCGAAAUUGAAGAUAUAUUUAAAGUGCCUAUAAGUACAAAUGAUGACAAGAUCUCUAAGACGUUACCUCAACCCUCUGCGGAUUUUAUGAAGCCGCUCACUGUCGAAUGCGAUCCCAAAGUUUGGGAUCAAGAAUUGGAGCAAAAUUAUUAUAUUCAAACCAUGGCCGGACUUGAUAAAGCUGUCCCGAAAAAUGGUACAUCCAGCUCAAUACAAGCCGGUGUGGAAAGUUCCUCUACAGAAAAUCUGCACGACAACCAAGAUACUAGUAAUAUAAAAGUCCUUCUUGAUUCACUAGAUCCACAUUUGAGGCCUGUAACACCGGACUAUUCUGAUCCUCAGUCAGUAGCCUUAUUAAACGAACAUAUUCAGUUAGCAGAAGAAUAUUGGAAGGUCCAAACCGAACUAGUCCUCUUAACGCAAAAGAAAAAUAUGUUAUUAGCCGCCAAAGAAGAGGACGAACGAAGGAAAAUAAAUCUGAAGGAACUCCAAGAAGAAAAAGAAUCUUUAAUGUUAGCCAGAGACUUGCUGAAGCAACAAAGAUCUUCCUCGCCAACAGGUGAUUCGUCCGAAAGUUCAGCAGAAAAUUGGGUCAUCGUGCCAAGGAGGGAACAACAGAGUUGACGUUAUUAUUGUUAUUAUUAUUUAUUGUAAGAUAUUUUUUAAUUUAAUAUUGAAUGAAAUUCAUAAAAAUUGUAUAUAUUUUAAAAUAAAACUUAAUUUUGUAAAUAAAAUACUGA